AGUUCUUUUCGAAGGUUUUUUCCGCGCCAUCUUUUUCAGUUUAGGAAAUCAACGCCGGCAGUGGCACGCAGCAGUAUUUUCAUCCUCACUUCUAACAGCGAUUACAGAGCUCUGUUUUUGUGUGUUGCAGUUUGUAGUUGACAAUGGAUGGAGAGGAGUUGACGGAGCAGGAGACUCAAUUGUAUGACCGCCAAAUUAGGGUUUGGGGUGCGGAUGCACAGAGGAGGCUCAGCAAAGCUCAUGUUCUAGUAUGUGGAAUCAAGGGGACUGUUGCUGAGUUCUGCAAGAAUAUUGUUCUUGCUGGGAUCAGUAGUUUGACAUUGGUGGAUAAUCGAUUGGUGACUGAAGAAGCCCUUUCUGCUAAUUUUCUAAUUCCCCCUGAUGAGGGUGUUUUUGGCGGGGAAACUGUUGCUGAGCUUUGCUGUGAUUCUUUGAAAGAUUUCAAUCCAAUGGUGCGAGUUUCAGCCCUCAAAGGUGAGCCAUCCAGCAUUGAUGAAGAAUUUUUGAAGACGUUUGAUGUUAUAGUUGUCAGUUGUUGCUCCCUGGCUGAAAAAGUAAAAUCAGUCAAUGAGAAAUGCCGGAAGUUACACAAGCGCGUAUCAUUUUAUACUGUUGACUGUAGAGAUUCCUGUGGUGAAAUAUUUGUUGAUCUACAAGACUAUAAAUAUGCAAAGAAAAAACUUGAGGACACUGUGGAAUGCCAACUAUCAUAUCCAAGCUUUGAGGAAGCAAUUUCAGUGCCCUGGAAAGCACAUCCCAGAAAAGUUUCAAAGCUAUUUUAUGCAUUAAGAGUGAUAGAACGGUUCGAAGAGGCCGAGGGGCGAAAUCCAGGAGAGACUUCAAUAUCCGAUCUUCCCGGGGUCUUGAAGUUGAAAAAAGAGCUCUGUGACUCACAGUCACUGAAUGAAGCUCAUAUUCCCGAUGUCCUCCUAGAGAGAUUAGUAGCAAACUCGAAGGAAUUCCCUCCUGUUUGCGCUAUCAUCGGAGGAAUCCUCGGGCAGGAAGUGAUUAAAGGUAUUUCUGGGAAAGGAGACCCACUGAAGAACUUCUUCUACUUCGAUGCCCUUGAUGGGAAGGGCAUCAUAGAGGACAUAUCAAGCGAACCCUGACAAGGGAUGCUAAAUUCUCAAGGCCCAUAUGCUUUGGACUUCAAAGGCGAGAUUCUAUUUAGGUAUGUAUUAUUUAAUUGCUAUAAUUUAUUUUGAUAAGAUCCAUUAAAGAUCCAUGAUUUUGUUUUGUAUAGUUUUUGAAUGAUGAUGAUGAUCACAGAUCUUAUUAUAAAGUUUUAAUUUUUUUAAUAUAAAAAAAA